AAAUUUGUGUUUCUCCACUCAAGUACAACGACACAUGUAUAACUAUUCAAAAGAAAAAGCAUAGCCCACAUAAUGCUAAUGAUGAUAUAACCUCUACAAAAGUCCAUGAAAAAGACUAUCGCUUUCAAAUAGACGCAGGUGCACCACAAAGUACCAAAGCAACAUUUGCUAUUGGCAAAAAAAAAAGUCGAAGUUCAAUAGCAACAACAAAAAAAUGGUUGGUAAAAGAGCAUCCCCAACUUGUUCAUCAACUCGUAGUUUCUUUUGCGAACUUAAGGGAACUCAAUUCAGAUUUUAAAAAACUUGCAAAACAAAGGGCCACGGGAG